CAGAAACAAAAUGGACCAAAUAUUUAAUCUUUCCACUUGGAAACUUCAAAAUCCUGACCUUUUACAGCAGCUGGCAUUGUUAGCUUAUUUGGACAAACCAACUGAGAAUGCUGAAAUGCUUAAAACAAUUACUGGGAUCAGGGUUGCAGCUGAACUGUAUGACAGAGUCAGCAGCCAAUCUACAAUAGAAGCAUAUCAGACUGAGUUCUACAUGGCAAUUGCAGAUUUUGUGAAGAAACAUCCCAACUCUGGAGAGGCAGCAUUGAAGAAGGAGCUCGAGAAACAAGUGGCAAUAUUUGCACAGAAAGUGGAUAAACUCUAAUUCAUGGGAAUCUCUUGUAUAUAUCUUCAACCAUGUAUUAUAAGUAUUGUACAGUACAGUAUAAUGUGAUGCUCCUAUGUUAUAAUGAGGGGAUCAUAUAUAUGUGACAUACUGGCACUGGGAGCGUCCCUGAAUCCCAGAGCAUGCAGUUCCAGUGCAUGUAGUCUCAGAACAUGUAUUCGAGGAAAUAUAGUGUGCUUGAUGGGAGUUUCAACAAAUCCUAGUACAUCUACAUAGUGUACAAACGAUCUAGAGUACAACCCCAGUCCAUUUCAUCCAAGAACUUGUAUUUGAGGAAAGAGCAUGAAAUCUCAUUGCCUACAGCCAAUGAUAUAAUCCCAUUGCAUAUAAACCAAGCACAUAGGCAAGGGAUUAUUUGGGGCUUAAUGAAAGACUACAUUGGAUGCUCUACCCAGAGGAAUGUAUGAAGGGUCUGAGUUCUCAUUCUAAGCCAAACUUCAGAGAGACCUUUCAACUCCAU